GCCCUUCGUGGGCUUGCCUCGCUUGCGGGGAGGAAUUGCUUGCUGCUUGCGGUCAGCAGUGUCGUUUAAUUGCCUGUCUGUCGGCCUAGUCGUCGCAAAGGGGAGGCACCAGUUUUCGACGACUACCGCUUUUUGUUGGCGACCAACCUCCACCUGUCUGUCAGGGUCGCUGCCGUCCUGGUUUUAUUCUUUCAUGCACCGGCCUUCGGUUUCAGGGGAGUGUCUGCGCUGUUUCGGAAGUUUUUCCUGGGCGAUGACAGUCGUUCGAUUGUUCAUCGGAAUAGCCGAGGUGUGGUGAGGGCGGGUAAUUCGUGGUUUCUUGGUGGGAAAAGAAAGGCGGGGAGGAGUGGCGCGGGAGGAGCGAAGUCGUGGUGAAGAGUGAGGGCUCGUAAUUGAAAGGAUUUGUUUUGAUUACGGGUAGGGGUUUGGCUGAGUCAGGGAGCUAGUAAUCAUGGGAGACAGUAGAGCUGCCAUGGAACGUAUUUCAGUGGCAAUCGAUAGUUUGGUUCUGCUUGCAGAAUCAAUGCGACAGGCGUCUGCUCUUUUGGCGGAUGAGGAUGGCGAUGCGCCCGAAAUGUCUACCUCGUUCCUUAGCGUUGUUACUCUUGGAAAUAUGAGUUCAGGGAAGUCUGCAGUGUUGAACAGCCUCGUUGGUCACCCAGUCUUGCCAACAGGAGAAAAUGGAGCUACACGAGCCCCCAUUAUCCUUGAUAUGGAACGCGACAAAUCUGGUAGCAGCGGAGGUUUGGCGGUUAUAUUGGAUGGAAGAACCCAAAACGUCUCAGCAAGCGAUGUACGUCAUUCCUUGCAAGGUAGGUUGAAAAAUGCAAGUGCCUUGAAGGGGAGGACUGAAGGAAUUCGUUUGACUCUUCGCUCUGCCUCAACUUUACCACUGAAGCUAAUUGACCUUCCUGGGCUUGAUUCACGGUCAUCAACUGACGAUUCUCCGGCUCAUGACCUUGCUGCAAAUAAUGAAACCAUAUUACUUGUUGUGAUACCAGCCACGUCAUGUCGCGAAGUCGCUACUUCCAAAGCUUUGAAGUUGGCUCAUGAACUAGACUCAGAUGGAACUAGAACUGUAGGCGUGAUAAGCAAAAUUGACCAAGCAGCUUCAGAUCCGAGAAGUUUAGCCGCUGUAAAUGCACUUAUUUCUGGUCAAGGUCCUCCAUCUACUGCGGACAUACCUUGGGUUGCCCUGAUUGGUCAGUCUGUGUCAAUAGCAGCUGCACAUUCCAAUGGUGAACACAGUCUAGAUACAGCUUGGAAGGCUGAAAUGGAAUCUUUGAAGUCGAUCUUAAAUGGAGCACCAUCCACAAAGCUAGGACGGAUAGCCUUGGUUGAAACUUUGUCUCAUCAAAUCCGAAAGCGACUCAAGCAACGACUGCCUACUUUAUUAUCAGGGCUUGAGGGAAAGUCGCAACAAGUUGAACAAGAGUUAGUCAGAUUAGGAGAGCAAAGGGUACAGACUUCAGAAGGGACGCGUGCAAUUGCUUUAGAGCUAUGUCGAGAGUUUGAGGACAUGUUUUUGCAACAUAUAAAUACCGGGGAGGGUCAAGGCUGGAAAGUCGUAUCUAGUUUUGAAGGUGCUCUACCUAAAAGAAUCAAGAAUCUACCGAUCGACCAGAUGUUUGAAAUCAGCAGCGUCAAAAAGCUGGUUCUCGAAGCAGAUGGGUAUCAACCGUACCUUUUAUCACCAGAAAAGGGUUUGAGAGCACUUGUAAGGAAAGCGUUAGAGUUAGCGAAGGAUCCAGCAAAGGCUUGCGUGGACGAGGUUCACCGUGUUCUUGUCGAUAUUGUUUCUGGUGCCGCAAACGGGACUGCAGGGUUGGGACGAUACUCCCCUCUGAAGAGAGAGAUUGUUGCCAUUGCUACUGCUGCGCUGGAUGAGUAUAGAGCAGAAGCAAAGAAAAUGGUUGUUGCGCUUGUUGAUAUGGAGCGUGCAUUUAUUCCCCCUCAACACUUUAUCAGACUUGUUCAGCGCAGGAUGGACAGAUUACGAAGAGAAGAUGAUGGAAAGGGGCUGCAGAUAAAGAAGGCUCAGGACGCUGAACAGUCACUGUUGAGUAAGGCAACAGCCCCAACAAAUAUUGGAGGAAAUUUGAAAGCUAUGAAAUCUGAGGAUGCUAAGAAAGAGGUAUCGGAUGCCCCAUCAACAUUACAGAUAGUGGGUGAUAAUGUUGCAGGUUAUCUGUUGAAACAAAGUGAUAAUAAUGAGUGGAAUAAGCGCUGGUUUGUUCUCAAUGAAAAGACAUGCAAGCUCGCAUAUACCAAAAAGUCUGAAGACAGGACUUUUCGAGGCGUGAUAAAUUUGGAAGAAUGUGUCCUUGAGGAUGGUCCUGGGAACAAGGAAAAUGGACCAGAGGACUCGAACCCUAAAUCGUCUAAGAGUAAAAAGUCUGAUGGGGCAGCAGAGAAAGAAGAUUCUACAGCUAAACUGAUCUUCUCAGUCAGUCAUAAAGAAGCUUACAAGGCAAUUUUAAAAGCAAGCCAUCCACUCGUAGUGAGAGCUGACAACAUGGCUGAGAAGUUAGACUGGAUGUCAAGAAUAAGAGCUUGUAUUGAAGGCAAGGGAGGGUCCUCCCAAGAUCGUGUCAGAUCCUCGAAAGAUUCUGACAACAGCGUUACGACACGGUCUACAUACGACGCGCCUACAGAUUUGUCGUCAAAUUUGAGGAAACCGAUUGAUCCAGAAGAGGAUUUGCGGCUUAUGGCUCAAGAGGUUCGAGAUUAUGUGGAGGCUGUGUUAAACAGUUUGUCUGCAAAUGUUCCUAAGGCAGUUGUCCUUUGUCAAGUAGAGAGAGCAAAGGAUGCCAUGCUUAACCAACUUUAUAGCUCUAUCAGUUCGCAUGGAACGGGGAGAAUCGAAGAGCUAUUGCAAGAGGACCAAGAGGUGAAGGCUCGACGUGAAAGAUGCGUUAGGCAAGCGGAAGCAUUAUCCAAAUUGACCAGACAGCUAAGUAUGCAGGAAGCGCGUACAGCUGCUGCUGCUGCUGCAGUGUCAAGUUUUGACGAUUCUUCGAAUCCGAAAGCAGGAGGUGGUAUGCUUGAAGCAGAGGACUGGCGUGUAGCCUUUGAACAGGCAGCUAUUCCAGAUUCUGUUUCCCGGUCCAGCUACUCUAGUUCCUCGUCGCGAUCAUCUAGAGCUCCGUCUCCUUCUACUAACGGGCGAGCCUUGUCUCGCAAUGCUAAUUACAACGAUUACGAUGAGAAUGUUGAUGUCGGCAGCAGCCGUCGCGCACCUGGACGGCUGCCACCGCCACCUCCACCUCCUCCAAGUGGCUCAUCGAUGUACAAAUAAUAGAGGAUACUGUGAGUCUUAUAAUUGUGCAGAUUGUUAGGUUCAUUUGGUUUAAGUGGAUAUUUCACUAUUUCUCACAUGGAAUUGAAAGCAUCCUAUUUUUAAGUGCGUACACGCAUGCACUUAUCAUGUGUUUGAAAGGUUAUUAUCAGUUUUAUGAACUUGGCUGGGACCUUUACUUACUGAAAGACAGUGACCUAGUUCGGUGGUGGUGAGUGACAUUGUACAGUUCUUUCACCAUAAUGUAAUAUGAAGUUGCUGAAGU